AUGGCCUCCCUUUUCUCUGGCCGCGUCCUGAUCCGAAACAACAGCGACCAGGAUGAGCUGGACACAGAGGCUGAGCUCAGCCGUCGACUGGAAAACCGGCUGGUGCUGCUGUUCUUUGGUGCUGGGUCUUGCCCGGAGUGCCAGGCCUUUGCGCCCAUCCUCCGGGACUUCUUCGUGCGGCUCACGGAUGAGUUCUACGUGCUGCGGGCAGCCCAGUUGGCCCUGGUGUACGUGUCCCAGGACCCGACGGAGGAGCAGCAAGACCUGUUCCUCAGGGACAUGCCCAAGAAGUGGCUCUUCUUGCCCUUCGAGGAUGACCUGAGGAGGGACCUCGGGCGCCAGUUCUGCGUGGAGCGCCUGCCGGCUGUCGUGGUGCUCAAACCCAGCGGGGAUGUGCUGACGCUCGACGCGGCCGACGAGAUCCGGCGCCUGGGCCCCGCCUGCUUCGCCAACUGGCAGGAGGCGGCUGAGGUGCUGGACCGCAGCUUCCUGCAGCCCGAGGACCUGGACGACCCCGCGCCGCGGAGCCUUACCGAGCCCCUGCGCCGCUGCAAGUACCGCGUAGACCCGGCUGCGCGGGGCGCACGAGGCCGGGGAAGAGCGGGCGGCUGCGGACAGGAGGGCGAGGCCGAGGGCGAGGCCGCGGGACUGUUCUGACCCCUGGAUGGAGUGGACAGGACUGGGGGUUCUAUGAUGAAACCCUCAAGAGGAAGGUUGGGGCGGGGCCGGGGGGAGGGGGAAGCCGGCUGUUCUGACCCUUUUGGUGGGAGGGAACAGAGAGGUGCAGGUCUGUGAUGAGUCCUCUCCCCAACCCCCAAGGGUAUGUGGGACUGGGGGCUGGGGAUCUGUUCUGAAUCCCCUGUAGGCAAGAACACAAGGAUGCGGGGCGGGGAGGGGGGUGCAGCGGGGGAGACAGCGAUUCUUUGAUGAGCUCUCAUCUCCCCCUGAUUGAGGGCUGGACGAGAAGGGAGCGACAGAGGAUGAGAUGGUUGGAUGACAUCACCGACUAGAUGGACGUGAGUUUGAGCAAGCUCCGGGAGUGGGGAUGGACAGGGAAGCCUGGCGUGCUGCAGGGCACGGGGUCGCAAAGAGUCGGAUACUGCUGAGCGACUGAACAACGACAAAUCCCUCCUCCCGGUAGUGGGCGGGACCAGAGUGGGGGUAAGCUGUUCUGAGCCCCAAGGUGGAAGGCUGGCUGGCAGAGCAAGCAGAAUCUCUGAAAAGCCUCACCGAGGCGGGAAAAGGGGACAGGAUGAGGGGAGGGAACCUCUCAGUGCAGUCUAGGAAGAAGAAGGAUGUCUUCGGUGGCUCAGUCGUGUCUGACUCUUUGCGACCCCAUGGAUGUAGCCCGCUAGGCUCCUCUGUCCAUGGGAUUCUCCAGGCAAGAAUA